ACACGAUUCAAACACUGUUUUAAGUCGACAUGACAGCUUUUGAUUUUUCCGACGUGGAGGCAUUUUUGGAUUGCCAUCCGGAGCUUUUUGAGGAAUAUCUCAUCAGAAAGGGGAAAUGUGACUCAUUGGGAAGGUGGCUCAAAGAGCACCAGCCGUCCAAAAGCUCUCCGGCGGACGAGAAACGCGGGGUCGCCAGGGAUCCCUUCUGGCCCACGAAUCCCGACGGACUGAAGCGCAGAUCGUCCCACAUGGAGCUCCGCAGGAACUUCGCGCGGUCCAAAGCGAUGACGGCGCACCGGACCUACGACGAGCACGUCAGUCUCGCGGAUCACGAUUCCCAGUCGAGCAUGCGACGGCGCGCGCUUCUGCGGAAAGCCAGCUCGUUACCGCCGACCACCGCGCACAUCCUCAGCGCCCUGCUCGAGUCUAGGGUAAACGUGCCUCAAUAUGCCUCCAGCGCCAUCGACUACAAAUACCGACUCAAAGAGUCCAACGAGAGGGAGUUCUUCCUCGAGCUGGUUAAGGACAUUUCUAACGAACUUGACAUGACAAACCUCAGUUACAAGAUUCUGAUCAAUGUGUGCAUUAUGGUGAACGCAGACAGGUGUUCGCUGUUCCUCGUGGAGGGACCUUCCCAUAAGAGGACGCUCGUGUCCAAGUUUUUUGACGUGCACUCGGGAACUACGGUGCGACCCUCCUCGAGCACCCUGGACUCAAACGAGGUGCAGGUUCCGUGGGGGAAGGGUAUUAUUGGCUAUGUAGCCGAACACGGAGAAACCGUCAACAUCCCGAAUGCAUACGAGGACCAUCGGUUCAGUGAUGAAAUUGACAAGUUGACUGGCUAUAAGACGCAGUCCAUUCUGUGCAUGGCCAUCCGCAACAGUGAUGGUGAAGUCAUUGGUGUAGUGCAGGCCAUCAACAAGAACUCCAGUGGAACUCCCUUUACUGAGGAUGAUGAGAAGGUGCUCCAAAUGUAUCUACCAUUCUGCGGAAUAUCGAUCUCCAACGCCAAACUCUUCUUAGAAUCCCGCAAGGAGUAUGAUAGGAGCAGGGCCUUGCUAGAGGUGGUGAAUGAUCUGUUUGAGGAGCAGACGGACCUGGAGAAGAUUGUGAGAAAGAUCAUGCAGCGCGCGCUGACAUUACUCCAGUGUGAGCGCUGCUCUGUGCUUCUGCUGGAAGACAUCCACUCACCUGUGGUGAAGUUCUCCCAGACGUUUGAGCUGAUGUCUCCACUGUGCAACGUUGAUCAUGACAUUAGCAUGGAGAAGGUGUCGUGCUCAGACUGGCUGAUCAAUAACAGUAUUGCUGAGUUGGUUGCAUCUACUGGGCUUCCCGUUAACAUUAGUGACGUCUGUCAGGAUCCCCGCUUUGAUGCUGAAGCAGACCAAGCUUCUGGUUUUCAUAUCAGAUCAGUUUUAUGUGUCCCCAUCUGGAAUCGGACACAUCAGAUUAUUGGUGUUGCCCAGAUACUGAAUCGUUUGGACAGGAAGACGUUUAAUGAUGCAGAUCAGAGGCUAUUUGAGGCAUUUGUUAUUUUCUGUGGUCUCGGCAUUAACAACACAAUGAUGUAUAACCAGGUGAAGAAAACUUGGGCCAAGCAGUCUGUGGCUCUAGAUAUGCUGUCCUAUCAUGCUACAUGCUCUAAGGCAGAAGUCGAUCGGCUUAAGGCUGCUAAGAUUCCCCUAAGCACUGAGCUCGGGAUCGAUGAGUUCCACUUUAACGACUUUUCUCUGGACAACGACGCCAUGAUCACUGCCUCACUGCGGAUGUUUUUGGAGCUUGGUGUCGUGCAGAAAUUCAAAAUUGAUUAUGAGGUGUUGUGCCGCUGGCUGCUUACUGUGAGGAAGAACUAUCGUACUGUAGCCUAUCACAACUGGAGGCAUGCCUUCAAUGUCUCACAGUGCAUGUUUGUUAUGAUCACUACUGCUGGGUUCCAGGAGGUGCUGACAGACACAGAGACUCUUGCUCUUAUGGUUGGGUGCCUCUGCCAUGAUCUGGACCAUCGUGGCACUAAUAAUGCAUUUCAGGCCAAGUCUGGGUCGGCACUAGCGUUGCUGUACGGUACAUCUGCUACACUUGAACAUCAUCAUUUUAACCAUGCUGUAAUGAUCCUGCAGAGUGAGGGUCACAACAUUUUUGCCAAUCUGUGCUCUAAGGAGUAUAGCAACAUGAUGCAGCUUUUGAAACAGGCCAUUCUGUCCACAGAUCUCACCUUGUACUUCAAGAGAAGAGCCAAGUUCUUUGAGUGUGUUCUCUCUGGACAGUUCAGCUGGAGUAAUGAAGAACACAGAGACAUGUUUAGAUCUAUGCUGAUGACUGCGUGUGACUUGGGUGCAGUAACUCGACCAUGGGAGAUUUCAAAACAGGUGGCUCAACUGGUGACAAGUGAAUUCUUUGAACAGGGUGACAGGGAGAGAUCAGAGCUGAAACUGACACCAGCAGCCAUUUUUGACCGUAACCGUAAAGAUGAGCUUCCUGUACUGCAGUUGGAAUGGAUAGAUGGGAUAUGUAAGCCAUUGUAUGAGACUCUUGUGAAGUUGAAUAGGAAGCUUCAACCAAUGGUAGAUGGAAUAGAUGCCAACCGAAAGAAGUGGGAGGAGCUCUGUCUGUCCUAUCAGCAAACAUGGAAGGCCUCUGAGUGUAACUUCUCCAGUUUGGAGAUAGGAGAGAGUGAAGAAUGUUCUCAGAGUGCAGACUCCACCCACGAGCCACAGUCGAGUCAGAGUGAAGCAACCAAUCAGAACACAGACACCACCCACAGUGUGGAGCCAAAUCAGAACCCAGUAGCCAAUUAAAAAUUAAGAGGUGUGAUGUGGCGAUUAAGGGAGGGUGCAUAGAGUAACGGGGACAUUGGCAACUUUUGUACGUUUGUACAAAAAAAAAAAAAAAAAAAAAAAAAUCCCACAUUGUUACCCAACGUUUUCAUGUGGGGUACUUUGUGAUUGCCAAUGAUAUUUCUUUUGAAGUGAAUUCAGUCAUUUACAGCACAAUUUCAAAACACUUUCAGGCAACAUAUUGCUAGUUUCUAUUUAAAAAAAUAAUAAAAUAAAAUUCAAAGGACACAUAUUAUUACACUUAGAAAAUUGUUCCCUUUGUCUCUGAGAAAAUGAUAAGGGCAUUUCUGAAAAGAAAAAAAAGAAAGAAAAAAGAAACUGUGAAUAUGUGCAGGAAAUUCAGGUGCACAAACAUUUCAAUUUCAGACUUGUGUUUAAAAUGCUUAGAUCUUGAUAGUGUUUAACCAACCUGUGUCCUGUGUCCUGCCAUAUUGCACAAUCCUGGAAUUUCACUUUUACAAAGCCUGGUAUUACCUGGUAAACAUUAAACACAAUUAUUUUAGUGAGGUGCAGAACCGAUCUAAUUCCUAUUCUUGAGAUGCUGUAGUUUGAUGAAUGUAUAAAUUAAUAUCACUGUGAUCUUUAGACUUGCAUGUAACCACUGUUACAACACUGUUACAACACCACCAUUACAACUGCUGAUUACUUUGUAAUUUCAUAUUAAACAUAUUGAAAUGGUAGCACUGAACAAAGAUGAUUAAAAACAACCACAACACAUUUUACUUGAUUGCAAAUCAAGUGUUACAUGAUAAAACAAAAAAAGAUUUGAAAUCCAGAAUUAUUGUAAUUUGGUCCUCUGUUUUUGAGGGAUAUAAUGAGAAAUGGAAUAAAAGUGGACCGAUAAUCAAACAGUAGAAUCUGUAUUAUUCAUGUUCACAAUUGUCCUUGAUAGCUAUAUUUCAAAAGGCUUUGCAAAUGACAUGAGAUGAACCAAAAAGAACUGUCUGUGACAAUACUGAAAACUUUGUUGCAUGCAAAACAGAAAUCUGUUGGUGGCAUGUGAGUUUCAGUGUUUAUUUUUGUUACAUGUAAAAAAAAAAAAUGUAUGUGAAAUACAGCUGUUUUUGAUUGCAUUAUGAUUGCUGCAACAGAUUGCCAUGAAAUGCAUGCUGCAUCAUUUCGACAAGAGCAGCUUCCUGCUUUAAAUGGGAGUUACACGCUCAGGUUGUGUUGCAGUCUUACCGUUAAGGCGUAUCAGUGUGCACACAGUCGGAUAAUGUGCUUUUUCAGUUGAGUCUGUCUGUCUUGUUCAAAAUAAAUGUAAUUAUUUUUGCAUUAAUUAUGGUUUGACAUUUCAAAAAGAAACCAUUUUUAUUAAAGAAGGUCUGAAAAUAGCUUUUAUAUUUUAUUUGCUAACAUAAAAUGUUCAUAUCAUACUUGGUGCCUCAACAUGUCUGUUCUAGAGAGAUAUCAUCCUGUUAUUUAUA